AUGAAUGUGUGGAUGUUGGUGUGCAUGAAGAUGAACAACUUCAACAGCAAGACUCCGAAGGUAGUGUGUUUGUUGAAAUGGGUACAGGAAGUGGAUGCACUACCUCAAAGUUGCAUGUACAGGCCAAGGGGUUAUCUGAUAUUGAGUUGGGAAUCUGAUAGUUGUGGCAGUAUGUAUGCAAGUGAUGACUCAGAUGAUGAAAGUCCCCGAAAUGGAGAUUUUAGGAUCUACUCAGAGCCGGAAGUUGAAGAUUUCUACAAGAGAAGAAUUUGUGUUAAAUGUUGUGGCUCACAAGGGAAAUGUCCAUGGUACACAUACUGUGUAUAUAGGAGUAGCCAAAGUACAUGGCAACCAAGGAAGAUCAUAGACAGGCAUACAUGUAGUAGAGAAUUCAACAUUGGUUUAGUUACCUCGAAAUGGUUAAGUGGCAAAUACGAGAAGAGCAUGAAAGCAAAUCCAGAUAUAAAUCUGAAAAAUCUGCACAGUAAGUUUUGUAAAAGAUGGAACAUUGGUGUGUCUAGGUCUACAACAACUAAGGCAAAAGCAAUGGCAACUGCCAACGUUGAUGGUUGUUUCAAACAAAAAUAUGAAAGACAGUAUGAUUAUGCACAAGAAUUACUGAGGUCAAACCCUGGGUCAACAAUGAAAGUGAAUGUGGAACGAAAUGAGGAUAAGGCUAUAUUCAAAAGAAUGUAUGUGUGUUUCAAAGCAUGUAAGGACAACUUUGUCUCAUGUAGGCCUAUUAUACAUUUGGAUGGAUGUUUUUUAAAAGGCAAAUAUGGAGGUGAGCUUUUAACUGCUGUUCGAAGAGAUGUUAAUAACCAGAUGGUACCUUUGGCAUAUGCUGUUGUUGAAGUAGAGAAUAAGGAAACAUGGACUUGGUUUUUAGAAUGGUUAAUUGAUGAUCUUGGAGGUGGGGGAUUAUGUUCAAGGUGUACCUUUGUGUCAGAUCAACAGAAAGGACUUCUGCCAGCUAUACAACAACUUUUACCUAGUGUGGACCAACGUUUCUGUGUAAGGCACAUUUACGCAAAAUUUAGGAAGAAAUUUCCUGGCAUAAAUCUGAGACAAUUACUAUGGAAGGUAGUAGCAACAGCAAGACACCCCAAAGCCUGGGAAUCAGUCAUGAGACAAAUCAAGGACGUCAACGAAGACACCUUUAAACACUUGAUAGCUAUUCCACCAAGGCAAAUUUUGGUGUAG